AGUGACGCUGCGGCCGCCGCCGACCUCGGUUGGGACUCUGUGUAGCUGGGGGUGCGGUCGCGCAAUAGGAAGCCAGGAGUAUUGCACAUUUCCCGUUGGGCAUCAGCUACCCGCUCCCACUCCCUGCCCGGUGCAUUUCCCGGACACUUCCGGGGCCCUCCACCUGUGGCCGUCGGAGUCCCUUUCCCGAAUCAGUCAUGCCUUUGAGCCGCAGUUUGUCCCUGUCUUCACUGCCAGGACUGGAGGACUGGGAGGAUGACUUCAACCUGGAGAACACGGUGCUCUUCGAGGUGGCCUGGGAAGUGGCCAAUAAGGUGGGCGGCAUUUAUACGGUGCUGCAGACGAAGGCCAAGGUGACAGGGGACGAGUGGGGUGACAACUACUACCUGGUGGGGCCAUACACGGAGCAGGGAGUGAGGACCCAGGUGGAACUGCUCGAGCCUCCCACCCCGGCCCUGAAGAGGACCCUGGACUCCAUGAACAACAAGGGCUGCAAGGUGUAUUUUGGACGCUGGCUGAUCGAGGGGGGCCCUCUGGUGGUGCUCCUGGAUGUGGGGGCCUCCGCCUGGGCCCUGGAGCGCUGGAAAGGGGAGCUCUGGGACACCUGCAACAUCGGGGUGCCUUGGUACGACCGUGAGGCCAAUGAUGCUGUCCUUUUUGGCUUCCUCACUACCUGGUUCCUGGGUGAGUUCCUGGCCCAGAGCGAGGAGAAGCAUCACGUGGUUGCCCACUUCCACGAGUGGUUGGCAGGCGUUGGGCUCUGCCUGUGUCGUGCACGGCGGCUUCCUGUGGCUACUAUCUUCACUACCCAUGCCACGCUGCUGGGGCGUUACUUAUGUGCUGGUGCCGUGGACUUCUACAAUAACCUGGAGAACUUCAACGUGGACAAGGAAGCAGGGGACAGGCAGAUCUAUCACCGCUACUGCAUGGAGCGGGCAGCUGCCCACUGUGCCCAUGUCUUCACCACUGUGUCCCAGAUCACGGCCAUUGAGGCUCAGCACCUACUCAAGAGGAAACCAGAUAUUGUGACCCCCAAUGGAUUGAAUGUGAAGAAAUUCUCUGCCAUGCAUGAGUUCCAGAACCUUCAUGCCCAGAGCAAGGCUCGAAUCCAGGAGUUUGUGCGGGGCCAUUUUUAUGGGCACCUGGACUUCAACUUGGACAAGACCUUGUAUUUCUUUAUCGCCGGCCGCUACGAGUUCUCCAAUAAGGGAGCCGACAUCUUCUUGGAGGCCUUGGCCAGGCUCAACUAUCUACUCAGAGUGAAUGGCAGUGAACAGACGGUGGUCACCUUCUUCAUCAUGCCAGCUCGGACCAACAAUUUCAACGUGGAAUCCCUGAAGGGCCAAGCCGUCCGUAAGCAGCUUUGGGACACAGCCAACACAGUAAAGGAGAAGUUCGGGAGGAAGCUUUACGAAUCCUUGCUAGUGGGGAGCCUCCCAGACAUGAACAAGAUGCUAGACAAAGAGGACUUCACAAUGAUGAAGAGAGCCAUCUUUGCCACGCAGCGGCAGUCUUUUCCACCUGUGUGUACACAUAAUAUGUUGGAUGACUCCUCAGACCCUAUCUUGACCACUAUCCGCCGAAUUGGCCUCUUCAAUAGUAGUGCUGACAGGGUCAAGGUGAUUUUCCACCCGGAGUUCCUGUCGUCCACCAGUCCCCUGCUCCCCGUGGACUACGAGGAGUUUGUACGUGGCUGCCACCUUGGGGUUUUCCCCUCUUACUAUGAGCCUUGGGGUUAUACGCCAGCUGAAUGCACCGUUAUGGGUAUCCCCAGUAUUUCCACCAACCUCUCUGGCUUCGGCUGUUUCAUGGAGGAGCACAUUGCAGAUCCCUCGGCUUACGGCAUCUACAUUCUGGACCGGCGGUUCCGCAGCUUGGAUGAUUCCUGCUCGCAGCUCACCUCCUUCCUCUACAGCUUCUGCCAGCAGAGCCGGCGUCAACGCAUCAUCCAGCGGAAUCGCACAGAGCGCCUCUCUGACCUGCUGGAUUGGAAAUACCUAGGCCGGUACUAUAUGUCCGCCCGUCACAUGGCCCUGGCAAAGGCUUUUCCUGAGCACUUCACCUACGAGCCCCAGGAGACAGAAGCGGCCCAGGGCUACCGCUACCCACGACCGGCCUCGGUGCCACCAUCGCCUUCGCUGUCACGACACUCGAGCCCACACCUGAGUGAGGACGAGGAUGAGCCCCGGGAAGAGCCGCGGGAAGAGGACGGUGAACGCUAUGAUGAGGAAGUGGAGGCUGCCAAAGAUAGGCGCAACAUCCGCGCCCCAGAGUGGCCGCCCCGUGCUUCCUGCACCUCCAGCGGGAGCAAGCGCGGCUCAGUAGACACUGCGCCCUCCAGCUCCCUCAGCACUCCCAGCGAGCCCCUCAGCCCCGCCAGUUCCUUGGGCGAGGAGCGCAACUAGGUACCCCCACCCCGACCCACCUAGCCUGGAUCGGGGACUGCCCCCCUUCUUCUAGAGGGUGGACGCAGAAGGGCGUUAUUUCCAAACCCCACUCCAGAUC